UAUCGGAUGCCCUUUCUUCUUCAAUGUUGUCCAUGCAUACCUCAUACUUCACCCAUCCGGAUUUGAAUGAUUCUGAUGUUCGGGAGAGGGAGAGUCACGAUAGCCGAUCGGAUAUUCCUCCAUCUUUAUUAGGGAUUCGCGGCUCCGUCAUCCGAGGCAGCACAUCCAGCGCCAGUACCGGUGUUAGCACCGAUGAUGCUUCAGUCGAUUCACUGGAUUGGAAUGGCGAAUCACCGUCGGUCGACCGAGACCAAGAGCAGGUGAAGGGAUAUUCGCAUUUCGACUCGGUGCAAUUGGACGAUAUUAUGGAGUUACCCAAGGUGGAAGAACUGGAAGAACUCGACGAUGACUUGUUGAGUAUUAAACAAGCGGAUGUGGAGUCGGGCCCUCCCGCUGUUCCACGGAAACGUGGUCGCCCACGCAAACAUCCGCUGCCAGCUCCCGGAGGUCAGGCCAAGAUCACUAAAGGUCGCUCCAAGACUGGUUGUAUAACCUGUCGGAGGAGGAAGAAGAAGUGUGAUGAGACAAAGCCUUCUUGUCAAAACUGCCAGAAGAAUGCGGUCGUCUGCGAAGGCUACCCACUCAAGGAGAUUUGGAAGAGUGGGAGACAGAGACUAGCUGAUGUAGCUCGAUCCCAGUCUCUUACAGCCGUCCCGCGCAGUUUACCCCUCCUCAUCGAUGGCAUCGAAACGGAUGUCGACCGUCGCUUUUUGGACCAUUUUGUGUAUGGUUUCAGUCGCGUACUAACGCUCAUCAACGAUGAUUCGAAUCCCUUCAAAGAGAUUCUUCUCCCGAUGGCGACACAACACAGGGGGCUGAUGCAUUCGCUAAUGUGCUUGUCCGGAUCGCAUCUCUCAGGUCUGGAUCCCGAACCAAAGCUGAAGGAGCGAAAGUACUUUCAUUUCCAUCACGCUAUCCAAGAUCUGAAAGAUAAUAUCAAUGCGUCAUCAUCAGCCAAGAGCCCCGACGAGGAUGAUCGACUGCUAGUCGAGGACCCGAUCAUCGCAUCCACCAUCGCCCUCAGUUUGAACACCAUCUGCGAAGGUGAAACCAACGGCGAAUACCGACCGCACAUGGAUGCCGCCCGGUACCUACUGUUGUCACAGCAGCCACGGAACGAAAAAUUCCGCCAGUUCAUCGUCGAGUUCUUCCAGUACCACGACGUCUCAAACUCUCUCACCUCGCUUGACCGCCGUCCCAACCUAUUACACAACGACCUGCACAUGCCCAACUUCGUACCUGGCGUGUCAGCGGGGAUGUUCCUCGGCGUAUUCGACGGUCUCUUCAACUAUAUCUCGGAGAUAACCCAGCUUCGCGACCGUAUUCGCGAACGCUUCAACGAGGGCUAUGAGCCGGCAGUGGACUACCAGACGCUGAGCGAGGCAGUUUCCAUUGAUAUGGCCAUCCGCACUUGGGAGACCUCCCACGAGCCCGACACCCCGAACUGGUGCCUGGCCCAGCUAUACCGCCAAUCAACCUGGGUGUACCUGUACCGGACGAUCCGGCCCUCGCGACCGAGCGAUAAAAUCGCGCAGGUCGUCGACGACGGCCUCGACUACCUGGAUCAGCUGCCACAGGAUGCAUCCGCUUUCAGUAUCGUGUUGAUGCCGCUUUUCCUGCUUGGUUGUUCUGCGUUCAUGCCUGAGCAGCGCCAACGCAUUACGCAGGGCUUCGAGAAUCUCAAGUCCUAUUCUAACCUGCGCAACAUCGAGCCUGCUUUCAAGGUCGUUACGCGGGUUUGGGAGAUUAUGGAUACCCGCAUGCAGGAUAGUUGGGACUGGGAAAAGAUCAUACGUGACAUGAAUAUGGAUUUCUUGAUUACUUGAAUACCCUUUGCUCCCAUAUCCUGCCUUCUUCUCUUCUCCCCCUCUUACCAUUCUGAUACCCUGUUCUAUUCUAUUUACUUUACCUUAUUAUUUUCUCGUUCUCUCUUUGUUCAUUAUUACCGUCUUGGAAAGGGGAUUUUCCGCCCUUUGUCCCAUACCGAGGGGACACGAUGAUCACCCCUCAGACGAGGCUGUACCAUGUGGCGUUUUGAUUUGAUUGUUACUGCGACUGUGAUGAUGAUGCAUAUGUAUUUGCAUCUCGGAGGCCCGGGAG